CUCACGCUCAUCCGUGUAAACGGAAGGCUGUUAGACGCACUUGGAUUACCGGGCAGUCAACUGUCACCGCUCAUAACAGCUACAGCGGCGCCCUGCCCAGCGCUCCUCUACCGCGCGCACCGCCGGUCAUUAAUUCAUCUCACACAUUGACAUUUGAUUGAUUUUUAUGGUGAGUUUUAUCUCCGUGGAUUUAAAAAAAAACUACCAAAAAAAAAAAACUUUUUUAUUGACGCGGCGUUAAAUAGGAGCGCAGAAGCUGGGAGUCCGUCUCCGAGGAAGGACAGCACCGGGCUCCCGUCCUCAGCGCCUGACUCUUUCUCUGGGACUGCAGUUUCUAAAAUCUGUUGAAGUAAGAGAUUUGCCUGUGAGAGAAAGAUAUGAAGUUAGCGGGCUCCCUUUGGAUCCUUUGGUUUCUCCUGGUGCGCAGGGCGGUGGCAGGCACUGAGUCAAUUUCAGACCCAUUGCUCAAGCCCGGACAGAGCAUGACAGAGGGGCAGUCACAGGCGGUGAGCCAGGGUCAAUACAAAUGUCUUGAGCUGUCCAACAAAGAUCACCAAGAAAACAGAACCGGUACGUUCUGUGGACGUAUUUGGGAUGGCUUGUUGUGCUGGGAUGAGACACCGGCCGGGACAUCUGUAACACAAAACUGUCCAGAUCACCCUGACCUGGACCCAAGUGAAAAAGUGACCAAAUAUUGUGAUGAACUGGGUAACUGGGCCCAGACUUGGUCCAUUUGUCAACCAGCUUCAAAAAACAAAUUAGAGAAGGAAGUCCCCCAUUUUUUAAGGGAUGCUGCGGGAGAGCCAACCACAGAGGCCACAGGGGUUAACACAGAAAAAGGCAGUGUUUUGGAAAAACAUAUCCUCAAGAACAAAAAUAAAUGCUUGGAGAAAAUGAAACAAGAUCCACCUUAUAAUAAAUCAGGUCUGUACUGCAGUCGUAACUGGGAUGGCUGGCUGUGCUGGGAUGAUACUCCAGCGGGAACCUACACCUCCCAAAACUGCCCUGAUUAUUUUUCCGACUUGGACCCAACAGAAAAGGCAACUAAGUACUGUGGGGAGGAUGGUCAGUGGUUUCACCAUCCAGAGGCCAACAGGAUUUGGACCAACUAUACACUGUGUGCAACCACCCAUGAGAAGAUGCUGAGGAAACUGAAAAUACUUGAGAAUGAAUACAAAUGCCUCCUGAAAAUAAAUCAAGAACCACCUUUUAACAAAUCAGGUCUGUACUGCAGUCGUAACUGGGAUGGCUGGCUGUGCUGGGACGAUACUCCAGCGGGAACCUACGCCUCCCAAAACUGCCCUGAUUAUUAUUCCGACUUCGACCCAACAGAAAAGGCCAGUAAGUACUGUGGAGAAGAUGGGCAGUGGUUUCACCAUCCACUGAGCAGCAAGACUUGGACCAACUAUACACUCUGUGCUGUCAACACUAAGGAGAAGUUGAAGGCAGCCGUCCAGCUCUCAGGGGACACUGAGGUAGAGCCCACUGAUGAGGCCACAGUCAGUCCCAUGGUUAAUCCAGAAGAGCAGGAAAUUGUGAGAAAGAAAAUCCUUGACAGCCAGUACAAGUGCUUUGAGAAAAUGAAUCGAAAUCCGCCUUAUAACAAAUCAGCACUACACUGCAGUCGUAACUGGGAUGGCUGGCUGUGCUGGGAUGACACUCCAGCGGGAACUUACACCUAUCAAAACUGCCCCAAUUAUUUUGUCGACUUCGAUCCCACAGAAAAGGCCAGUAAGUACUGUGGAGAAGAUGGGCAGUGGUUUCACCAUCCACUGAGCAGCAAGACUUGGACCAACUAUACACUCUGUGCUGUCAACACUAAGGAGAAGUUGAAGGCAGCCGCCCAGCUCUCAGGGGACACUGAGGUAGAGCCCACUGAUGAGGCCACAGUCAGUCCCAUGGUUAAUCCAGAAGAGCAGGAAAUUGUGAGAAAGAAAAUCCUUGACAGCCAGUACAAGUGCUUUGAGAAAAUGAAUCGAAAUCCGCCUUAUAACAAAUCAGCACUACACUGCAGUCGUAACUGGGAUGGCUGGCUGUGCUGGGAUGACACUCCAGCGGGAACUUACACCUAUCAAAACUGCCCCAAUUAUUUUGUCGACUUCGAUCCCACAGAAAAGGCCACUAAGUACUGUGGCGAGGACGGGCAGUGGUUUCGCCACCCGGAUACCAACAGGACUUGGUCCAACUACACACUCUGUAACGAAAACACUAAAGCGAAGUUGAAGUCAGCAUAUAUCCUGUUUUACAUGGCAAUUGUGGGUCAUGCUUUAUCUAUAGCCUCCCUGCUCAUCUCUCUGGCCAUCUUCUUCUACUUCAGGAGUCUGAGCUGCCAAAGGAUCACCCUGCACAAGAACCUCUUCUGCUCCUAUGUGCUCAAUUCAGCCCUCACCAUCAUCUACCUCGUAGCAGUGGUCAAUAACCCUGAAGUGGUAGGCAGAAACCCGGUUGGCUGUAAAGUGUUGCACUUCUUCCACAUGUACAUGCUGGGCUGCAAUUAUUUCUGGAUGCUCUGUGAAGGCAUCUACCUGCACACGCUCAUUGUGGUGGCUGUGUUUGCAGAGGAGCAGCAUCUGCACUGGUACUACCUCCUGGGCUGGGGCUUUCCUCUCGUGCCUGCAUCCAUCCACGCUGUGGCAAGGAAAACGUAUUUCGAUGACAACUGUUGGAUGAGCGUGGAAACCCAUCUGCUCUAUGCAGUCCAUGGUCCUAUAGUGGCAGCGCUUCUUGUGAACCUCUUCUUCUUACUAAAUAUUAUAAGAGUGUUAGUGACCAAGUUGAGAGACACACACCGGGCAGAGUCCAACAUGUACAUGAAGGCAGUGAGAGCCACCCUGAUCCUGGUUCCCCUGCUGGGAAUACAGUUUGUCAUUUUCCCCUGGAGGCCAGAGAACCGGCUAGCUGGGGAGGUCUAUGAGUACAUCAUGCACAUACUCAUGCACUACCAGGGAUUACUGGUGGCAACAAUAUUCUGCUUCUUCAAUGGAGAGGUGCAGGCAGCUCUAAAGAGGCAGUGGAUGCAGUAUAAAACCCAGUGGGGUCAGAGACGAAAGGACCACUGCUCCAUGCGCUCCACAUCCUACACAGCCACCUCCAUCACAGAGGAACCCGCCUUUAUGUACCACCAUGACUGUAACAGCGAACACUUGAACGGGCGCCACACAGAGGACUCUGAACUGGUGGCACUAAAAUCAGGAGAGACAUACGCUUGAGCCACACUGAGGAUAAAGAGGUGGGGCGGCUGAAGAAGAGCAGCAGAGCAACUCAGAUGUACAUUAAGAAAGGAAAAUGAAUCCGGUUUGCCAGAUCUCAGUGAUUAAACCAGUGAGGCUGGUUUGUUCAGCCCUGGACGAUAAUACAGGUCUGGAAGCUCAUUAGGACGGAGAUGGAUAGCUACAGGCCUGACACUUCAUUUUACUUUACAUUGCUGUUGCAGCUGCUUUUUGAGAACUCUGAUGUCAAGAACUUGUGGCAUGAGACAAGAGCUGCUUUUGACAUGUGUCACUUCCUAAAGCUGCUAAACUGUGUGAGCUAACGCUCACAGUGACGGAGGUGUGGUGACAGAAAUAACUGUGACUGUGAUGACAAGGAGGCUGGCAAUGUUUUCUGUACAAGAUGAUGCUACUGAAUGUGACAGUGAUGGUGAUAUUGGUUCUGAUUGACAUAAGGUAGAGGUGAAUAAUGAUUUUGAUGGUUGAUUGAUUUAAGGUGAAGUAGAAGAACCAAUCCUUCCUAACCUCACCUAUACCAAAGGGUACUGUACGUUGGUCACAGCUAUGAAGGGGCGCACCAUGUCCAGACACACACACACACACACACACACGGACACAAACAAACUUCACAAACCUGAACGUAUGUGCCAUGAUAGAGGUCAAAUUUCAAAAGACCCUCUGUGCUUGAAGCUCUGGAAUUGUGUACAUAAUGUUCAUGUAUGUUCAUGUCAUGUUUCAUUUGAAAAAAAGUGUUCAAAUGUUUUAAAAGGAUUUAUUUUUGUUUUCUAUUAAUAUUUUAUUCUUGUCAAUUCCUAAUUACGUGCUAAGUGUGUGUCCUGUGAUGCUGCACUCCUGACUGCUUUGUUGUUUUUGCAGUUGCUGUAUUUGUGCUGAUGCUGAACAUCACAGGGCUGAGAAGCAAAAAGAAGCUAAAUGCACAAAAGAUGUAUGAAUAAAAAAACUUUAUUUUGAGGUUGAACAGCCACAAGAGUUGUUUCACUGUUUAUGUGUCAAAUAUGCUCUCAGUUGUGCCAAUGAUUCUGACAAACAAGCAGUUUCUCUGAAGUGUGGAAGGUGCACAUUGUCGUGCUUAUAAUGCCUUUUAUUUCCUGUUUUUUGAAAAAGUGAUAUUCUCUCCUCCAUGCAUAUUUAUUCAUGAAUUUUUUGUAUGAAUGAGCAUCCAGGGCAAAGGAAAGGCUCACUAAAGGUGAAAUGAUGAGAAGAUCACAUCCAAACUGUAUGCACAGAGUCUUAAAGGCGUGUUCACAAUCUUGCACAACAAACAUGAAUAAUCUAUUCUUUGUCCUAAAUACAUUCAUAUUACUCUUGUAAUUUUAUUGUUGCUUUGUCGUAACUGUGCCAUAAGAUUCUGGCUGAUGGAAGUUAAAAAUCUUGAUGGCCAUAGUGCGUUUAAGUGUGAAUACAAACAAAAGGCCACACUGAAUUUGCUUUGUGUCACUAGUAAACAUUUUAAAAAUCAACAGUUUUGUGGAAACUUGGAUAAAUCCUGCCUUGCAUUUAUGUUUAAAAGUUACUUAGAAGCCCAAUAAGCUUCUAAACUAUCAGAUAACAGACAUUUCAAUUCAGCCAGGGAAAAACAUUUAUUAUCCUAGCGCGUGUAGCCAAGAGCAAAUAAACCCUCUAGCUGGCUCAGACUGCUGUGAUUUGUUUGUUGACCCCUUAACUGAAAAUCCCUUUCCUGUUUACGUGACAGGGGAAAAGUUCAGAGAAGUAAAAUCUUUGUAAAAGA